GGGGCUCUCUGCUCCUGCUGCUGCUGCUGCUGGUGCGGGAUUGUUCAAACUACACUACAGCAGUCUACACCUUUAAGUCCGCAGAGUGCAGCGAGUUCAUGUGUCCGUAAAGGCGCACGACAUGACCGAGCAAAGCUGACAGUCCAUCCGCCGCCUGCCUACAGUAGGACAGUGUACCUACAGUAACCUGACAGGUCCCCCUCUCUCCAAAAAAAAAAACUGUCUGUGUCUUUAACAGAACUCUUUACGGAAUGGUGCAUGAUGUCAGCCUGCUCCGUAUACUGUUCAUGUGAGCCGCGUUUACUUCCUGCACAGGGACAGAAGCGGGCAGAGAAAGAGAGAGUGGGAUAGAGAGAGAAAGAGAGAGAUGGGGGACGAGCGGCCAAGAUAGGACUCAAGUGAUAGAGUGAAGCCUGCGUACGAGGAGGGGAAACCGGGGCCUGCUUUUUACUGUUUUUUUUUCUUUCUUUACACCCCGAAAACUUUGUAGGUUAUCCGGAGAAGGAAGCUCCUGCCACAUCUGCGCCAAGCUGACAGCCGCAUUUCAUGGAAUAGCGCCGUAUCGGAUGCCUCUCUCAGUGGCAGAGUCUGCAGUGAAUAUCUGAAGCUCCAUCUUCCUAUCCCUUGUGGCCAACAUGUCCCAGCUGCUCCAUGUGGAGAUCCCGAACUUUGGAGCCACAGUUCUGGGCUCCCUUAAUGAGCAGCGCCUGCUGGGACACUACUGUGAUGUAUCCAUUCUGGUCAAAGGUCAGGCUUUCAAAGCCCACCGGGCCGUUUUGGCUGCCAGCAGCCUCUACUUUCGUGACCUCUUCAGCAGCUCUACCAAGACCCAGUUUGAGUUGCCUUCCUCAGUCACACCUGCUUGCUUUGAGCAGAUCCUCACUUUCUGCUAUACAGGGAAGCUAACAAUGGCAGCUAGUGAACAGCUGGUGGUCAUGUACACAGCUGGCUACCUCCAAAUUCAGCAUAUAGUUGAAAGAGGCAUGGACCUAAUGUUUAAGGCAAACUCACCUCACUGUGACUCACAAACAGCAGGAUCCUUAGAAGAAACAGGAUCUGAGCCACAGAGUCCCUGUAAUAAUGGAAACGGCCUUGCAGUCGCCGCCCUUUUGGGGACCCCGGGCUGGUCUCCAUCCCUGCUCAUGCCGCAACGCAAGAUUAAACUCGAAGGGGGUGAUCCAACACCCCUGACAGUACCCUCAACACAAAGCAAGAUUUCGUCUUCGGAGCUGGGGAGUCGGCUGGCGAGGGCCGGUUCGCUGUUCUACACGACGGCCGGAGGGACCCCCAUCCCCGGGAUGCCUCCUUUCCACCUUCAAGUGGCCAGUGGAGGUGGAGCAGGAGGAGGAGCAGGCGGUGAAAGGUCCAGUCCUGGAGCGUCUAGUCUGCCCACCACUGACAGUCCCACGUCCUACCAGAACGAAGAUGAGGAGUUUGAGGAAGAGCCCUAUGAUGGGAUCACUGAGGAGGCCUACAGUCAUCUCUAUGGACGUUCAGCUAACCCCUAUGGAAUUCAGGACAAGCCAGAGAUGGCAGCGGUGCCCUUGGCCUUGGAGAACCGCAACUGCGUGCUGAUCCGCAGGGACCUGGUGGCGCUGCCUGCAAGCCUCAUAAGCCAGAUAGGCUACCGCUGCCACCCUAAGCUCUACACUGAGGGGGACCCUGGGGAGAAGCUGGAAUUGGUAGCUGGUACACAGGUGUUCAUGACUCGAGGCCAACUGAUGAACUGUCAUCUGUGUGCCGGAAUCAAACACAAAGUCUUGCUCCGCCGUCUGUUAGCAACGUUCUUUGAUAGAAACACUUUAGCCAAUAGCUGUGGGACAGGCAUCCGUUCCUCUACUAGUGACCCCAGUAGGAAACCCCUGGACAGCAGGGUCCUCAACGCUGUCAAACUCUACUGUCAAAAUUUCAACCCUAACUUCAAGGAGAGUGAAAUGAAUGUGAUUGCUGCUGACAUGUGCACAAAUGCGAGGCGUGUCCGCAAGCGAUGGUUGCCCAAGAUCAAGUCCAUGCUGCCCGAUGGCAUGGAGGUGUACCGUGCAGGGAUGGGCAUGGGUGCUGCUGUAGGCCUGGGCCUCGCUCUGAGUGCCCCUCAGUCAGGGGUUCCCCUUCCCUUCGAGCCUGACUUCAAGACCUUAGAGCAAAGGUUGUAUCCAGAUCGCAAGGACCCUCUCAGGACUCACCCACCGCUGACAGAAGGUAGCCCCGGGUCUGGGGCGGCUGGAGCAGAGGCUGAAGGUGAAGGUGAAGGAGUAGUCCAAGAGGAGCAGGAGGAAGAUGAAGAUGAAGGUGGGUUGGAGGGUGUAGACGGAUCACUGGGGGCGCCGACUUUGAUCCCGGGAGCCGAGGCGGGCAACUGUGGCGACACGCCACUUGAGCCGGAAGUGGAAAGUUUUGGACAAGGUCUGAGGGUGAACGGACAGUGAAUGUCCCUUUGGGCUGCCUCUCAUAUUGUGAAAUCUGUUUAACACCAUGUUUUCUUUUGCUUGCUCUCUUACUCUAACAUCUCGCCCACCACUCCUUCUUCUCCUCCGUGCUUCCUCAACAAGAGUUUUUCAGCACAAACAGCUGCACUCGUAGAUCUUAUUAUACGGGAAUUUGUCACAUGCAUGCGCACACGUGUGCUUGUGUAUUCGCAUAUUUACUGAUAGUGGAAGUAGAACACUGAUAGGACACAGGCAUGGCAUUAGCACAGUCUGAAAAUCAACCCUUUCUGCUCCACCCACUUUCUCAGUAUGGACAGUAUAUACUCAGUAUUUCGGCACCCAAAGCAAAAUUACAAAGGCCCUAUAGCAGAACAAAUGGCUGUAAUGAUUCAUCAUUUCAGUGCAAUACAAAAGCAACAGCUGCUUUGUUGGCAAUUUAUGGGCUGUGGUAUUACGGUUUGUAAAAUGAUUCCACUUUCUUGGAAAGCAGCAUCUGAAAAUAACCCGUGUAACCUUGGGAAACGAAAGAUCAUAGACACAGCUCCUUAAAAAGAGCAAUGUUUGCAAUGUCUGACCACUUUACAGUACGUGAGUGUAUAGUAAUUAUGUAUAAAUAUAUACAAAGAUUGUAUUACAGUUAAAGGUCAUGUACUCUAUUAGCAUCAUGAAGCAAAGCAGUUUUACUCCUUGUCAAAUCAGCACAUCAGGUGUAUGAUAAAAAUUCCAAACCGGUCUUUCUGUGAAUACUAAAAACUUCUCCACAGUCCGGAAAACAAAUCUAUCACAUGGAGUUGUUGUUUCAUCCAUAUUCGCCCGUGACAUAUCGGAUUAGAUUGUCAAUGCGAUGCCUGUGUCUGCUCCGCACCGCCCCUCCCAUCCGCACAUACAGACACACACACGUGCACACAUUUUCCACUCUGUGAUACUAGCCUUUAAUAUCCGCACCGAUGUAUUUAAAAUACACUGUCCACAUAAAAAAAAAGAAAAGAAAAAAAAAGAAAUGUUACAAUGCUGUUUAAAAACCUUUUAAAUGACAUCAUUCUGUCAUGGAGAUAACAGAGAGAGACAUGAACAAGAACAUGCACUAAAAUCCAAGCUUGCAUGCAUUAAUACAAACAAUGGAUAGAAAGAAUUAUUGUAAACAACAAACAAAGCCACAAACCUGCAUUUAAAUAAGAUAACAGCUACUGUUGCCUCAAGAUAUGCCAUUAAUACGCAAAAGGACUUUCUCCAGCGAGAUCUGACCUCAGUGGGAUCUGACCUCAGUCUGACACGUUAGAACUGACCUGGGUGUGACCCGGGAUUGACUGUGUUUGACACAGAAUCAAUUGGAAUUUCUGUUUUUUGUUUUUGUUUUGUUUUUAUAAACUAUGGAGUGUGCUGUCACCACAAGUAGAGGAGACUGAAAUAUGUGGAAUAGUAAGAAGAAGUGCACUACACUGAGUGGUAGAAGAAAAAAAAGAGAGAAGCACUGUUCCACCUCCAUGUGGUGGAGUGAUAUGCACCAAGACUACACAGUCCUGCUUCCAUCCUUGUUUUUGUUUGUUUGUUUGUUAUUGUGGGUGGGAGGGUGGGUAGGUGGGUAAGUUAUUGAAUAAAACUUAUAAGAGCAAUUUAUGCUGGCUUAUUGCAUUUGCACUUGAGAAGGUUAAAGGGUGGGAAACUGAGGAGUUUGGCAAAAUGGGCCUGGACUAAAAAAGACUGCAGAUUUCCACCUCAUCACCCUGAUUCUUUCUCUGAUCGGGGGAUUGUGGGUUUGGAAAGAAACAACAGGUCUUUCUGACGAUGACUGUUUCUUUUAUUUUGUAAGGGGGAGUGAGGCCAGGUCGGACAGGGACUUAAACCUGUAUUUGUCGUAAGCGUUUUCUGUUUUUUAAAUAUGUUUUCGUGCUUUUUGCCAUGCAUAGGACACAGUCCAGACAGCCUUUAUUGUUUCGUGCAUUGAUUUGAAAAGAUUCACUGUUGCUUUUCUGCAUUUUUGUUUUUUGUAUUUCCCGAUCAGCAAUGAAAGCACAUUUAAUCACAAGACCAGACCAUUAUUUUAAGUGAAUGAGCUGAAAUUUAUUUUAAGCCACCAACAUUUUGAAAAGUGAAAAAUCAAAUUAAUCAUAUUUUUUCUGCUUCGGAAAGUGGUCGCAUAAAUUUAGAACUGGGCGGGAAGUACAGCACUUGUAUAUGCCCCUUAUACAUGUGAUCUGUUUGUUGAUGCUUCACUGCUGUGCCACUUCUAAAGGUUGGGCCAGAUUAUUCUCUGUCUGUGCUCGAGGUAUCUUGUUUCGGGGGAGCUUUAAGAUGGCCCUGCACAAGAAACACAGGGUUGUAAUUGCACUAGGUAAUAAUAAUGACGUUUACAGUAUCUUUUUUGAAUUUCUUUUGGAAGAAAUGAGAUCUGCGAUAGAUCAAACACGGCUGUGAUGGAAUGGCUGAGAUGAUGGAUGAAUGUAAACUGUAGCACUGCUUUGGUGAGGGUCCAAGCCUUGAUUGAAUUUGGUAAAAUAUUGAAUCUUUUUUUUAUUUAUAUAUGACUCAGUUUUUUUUCAAUUGCAAAAUGGGCCAUAACAUCAAAUUGAUCUGACUGUGAGGCUGAGUGAUGUUCUUUACCUAAAGCUUUAGUGAUUUUUAAAGUGAUGUGAAAAGGUCUUCCAAUGUAAUGAACCGCAGGUAGCAUUUCACUAAUAUGAGCAAAACUGAGUGAGGUUCAAAUACAGGCUUUUUUCUUUCAUUUCUUUUUUUUUUUUACUUUUUUUAAAAUCUUUAUCUCAACACUUAUGUGUUCCUAAUGUUGAAUCACAAGCUUUGGCUAAUUCUAUCUUUAUAUCAUUUUUAAUUUAUUCAACUUAACUUUCCCUUGUACGAAAAUAAAGAAUUUCAGUUGUCUGUUGAGCCCAAUAUCUUAAUUACUAAUCACUUCUGGUUUUGUGAACCCAAGCUGAGCCUUUUCAAAAUGGAUUUGUGUAUAUUUUGGAGUUGAACUAAAUGCACAGUUAUUACUUUAGAUUGCAAAAUAGCAAUCAAAUGUAUCUACCCGCCAUACAAAAAUCUAAACCCUAAGUAUGCAUGCAUGAUUUCUCUCUUUGUAUUUGCAUGUACAGGAAAUCUUUGCCUUACAAGGAUCUUUUUGAAUGAGCAGAACAUUGCAUAGCCAAUAAUUAUAUGAGAAUAUAUUGAAAUAUCACAUCUAUCAGCUCGAAUUAAAAUAAAGCAGUAAACAAUAUAGAGUGGGAAACAUUGAUGGAGUCUACUGUAAGAGGGUGGAGCAGUGCCUUAGACUGUGAAUGUGUGGGUGUGGAUGUGUAACAGAACUUUAUGUUUGGAGACAAACAACACCAAGGACCUGCUCUGUAAUCAGAGAAUACAGACACUGACAAAUUUGUUGCCUUAUUAACACUGUGAUUCAAAAUUGUAAAAUUAGUGUCCAAAAACUUUAAAUAGUUCAAUUACAUAUUUUCUUAUUUUAUGUUUUAGAACAUAGAAUUUUUUAAAAAAGACAAAGUGUACUAGAUCAGCAGCCAAAUUAAGCUAAAGUCGUUACAACAGAUUCAACAGUUACUCUUCAACAACAUGGAUCCUUGGUUCUCUCUAAGAUUGACUUUAAAAACAUAAAAGGAAAUCUGAUAUAUGAUAAUUCUUCCAGUCAAACCUGUUCAUCCACUUGAUCACAUUAAGCUUGAGGUUAUUUAAGGUGUCUGUCUUAUAAAACAUCAGCUUCUACAAGCUUGUUCAUUUUUUCUGCCAAACUGCAAACUAUGUCUGACUCCCGGACGACAGCCAGUCAUUUUAGAUUGCUUAGGGUGUUUUCUUUUUUUUCUUGUGCAGGGUAAAUUGAACGAUGUUGCACUAUAAACUGAGAAAUUCUCAGAGAAUGUCAUGGCUAACCCUUUGGAGGAUGUGCUCUAUUUGAGGUGGCUGAAAGAGAAAGUCCUGGAAAAUGUAUGUGAUAAUAUGUGUUGUACACGUUUUUUUUUUAAAUUCAGACCAGUGUCUCAUUUACUUAUUCACCUGGAUGGGAAUGACAAAAUAAGAAUAGAAUGGGGUUGUUACUUGAAAAAGAAGUUAUUUUCACAAACAUUUGGUUGCAAAUAAAUUUUUCCAUAAUUUAUUAAACCUCUCAUAGUGCUCUGUUCAUCCCCCAUUACUGUAAACCUAAUGGGCACAAAAAUUUUUUUGUUCUGUUUAAUGGGCUUAUUUUCCUGAAAACAAUACAUUUAUAUGCAAAUAGACACUUGUAUCAUAAAAAUGCAUGCCAUUCAGACACUCACCCGUAACCCAAUGAAACCUCUGAUCUUUAUGCACCAUGUAUUUUAUGCUGAACAACUGUUGUCACUGUUAGCAAACAAAGACCGAGGAGUCUUGCAGUGAGCAGGGCUGUAUUUUUAUUAUACACCCACGCCUUUCGUUGAAUGUUUGUGCAAUCUCCUGUAAUGAUGACAGCAAAGUAGUGAUAAAGAGCGGAAUACAUAGACUUAACUACCCAGUUGAGUGUGCAUUUGAACCUUCAGCAGACUCAGAAAAAAAAUGCACUAAAAGUUUGUACGUGUAUGUAUGUGUCCUUGAACAUAAUGCCAGCACUUUAGAACUACUUUGAAAAAUGAGAAAGAAAAACAUCAAGAGUGACCAAGGGUUUAGCAAAUGAGGGGUAAAUGCAACUUUUAAAGCCAUGUGUUCAGAGCGCUGACAAUCAGAUAAUGGAUGAGACCCAAAGUGCACUAUGGGAGAUAUGACAUGACUUGCUGUGCUCUUGCUAUUUGCUUUGUCUUUCUCCUGCUUGCUUUGGUCUGUGCAAGCUUGCUCUCCAGAGGGGAGGGACACGGUGAUGUUAACUCCAGGCUUCUUGGUUAUAAGUGUGUGUCUUUGUAACAACGACUGACUCAUACCUUGGUGCUUCGUGAACAGAGCAACCAUGUUGACAUGGACCAUAUCUGUCAUGCUCUGGUAAGCAUUGGCCGAACUCGGCCCUCAGUCCGGGCUCAUUGGUAACCUCUUGAUGGACAACAAUGCAAAUGGUAAAAAAGAGGAUCUUAUCAUGCAACUCUACACUUUGAUCAUGGUAAUGUUCUUCACUAUCAACAGGGCUUGGACCAGGCAAACUGGGAUGGGACAAUUUCAGUGUCGAUACUGCUUUAUGUUUCAAUUGAAAAAUGUUAAAAUGUUUAUGCGCCUUCUGACUCAAGCAUCAAUAAUAUAUACAACAGAAAUGCAAGUUGCCACUUUUGAUGUUGCAUAUGAAUCUACCUUUCAUUCCCAUCAUGGUAUUUGCCAUCACCAGUUUUAAGUUGUAUAGUCCAAGAGUACCUGAUUUCUUUAAAUGCAAUACAGAAAAAUCUGCUUUCUAAUAAAAGUCCUUAUGUCACCAUA